AUGGAUGUUGUGUUUGCUGCUAAUGCUAUUUUCAUAAUCAGCAUCACCAUAUUGUUGAGCAAUGUAGUUGCAUCUAAUGCUUCAAACUCGAGCAGAGAAUAUAAGGCGUUGAUGGAUUUCGGGUGGCCUUAUAUCAACUCCACUGCUCAUCACUGCAGCUGGAAAGGCAUCACUUGCGAUGAUCAAGGCCGCGUUACAGAGUUAAGCCUGCAAACUCAUGUAGGUUGCAACACUCAGCCUAGGUGGCAUGAUUUCGAUCCGCUUUCUUUCACAUCCCUCACCAGCAUUCAUCUCAGCUCGUGUGGUCUGUAUGGAGUCAUCCCACCUCACAUAGGUUACCUCUCCAACUUGUCUUACCUCAAUUUGUCUCAUAAUCUUCUUAGUUCUGAGCUGCCUCCUUCAUUGGUAAAUCUGACUAACUUGAAUGUGCUUGACAUUUCUGAUAACAAUUACAUUUAUGGUGUCAUUCCACCUAACAUAGGAAGCUUGUCCAAGCUAGUUUAUCUUAAUUUGUCUCAUAAUCAACUCAAGACGACGAUGCCUCUUUCACUGCCAAAUCUCACAAACUUAGAGGUGCUUGACAUUUCUUUUAAUAGUUUUUUUGGUGUCAUUCCCUCUGGAAUAUGGUACCUUCGUCGUUUGAUUGUUCUUGAUUUGAGCUUCAAUAACAUCAAUGGCUCUCUGCCCCCUGCUAUGACCCAAUUAACAAGACUGAAAAUCUUGAAAUUGGACAACAAUAGUGUGGAAGGUGUUUUUGAAGCAGGGAUACACAUGCUUCCUUGUAUCAAAACCAUAGGCCUCAGCCGGAAUUCAAUCCAAGGACGGAUACCUCCUCGGUUAGGAGAUGUUCCUAAUGCCAAGUUUCUUAGUAUAGACUUUUCUUGGAACCAUCUUUUUGGUGAAGUCCCAGAAUCCGUUUCGCGUUUGGAUGGAAUCGAUUUGUCCUACAAUAGUUUAGAGGGCAAGAUUUCGUACAGCGUUUGGCGUAAGUUUCCAAGAGAAUCAUUCAUCGGAAAUCCUAAGUUACUUCUUCCGAAGGGAUACAACGCUACUGUGGAAGCCGUCUAUUAUGUAGUCUUUGUGCUUUUUAUAUUCUGUGUGAUCCAUUUAAUAUUCUCCAAAAAAGGAAAGAAAGAAGUCCCCUCAGUCACACCUGAUCUCAAACAUGGAGACAUUUUCAAGAUGUGGAACUUCGAUGGCAACAUCGCCUACCAAGACAUCACUGAAGCGACACAAGACUUUGACUUCAAAUACUGCAUCGGAACUGGUGGCUACGGGAGCGUCUACAGAGCUAAACUUCCCACUGGAAAAGUUGUUGCUGUUAAGAAGCUUCACAGAUUUGAAGGAGAUAAUCCUGUUUUUGAUUCAUGUUUUAGGAAUGAAGCCAUGGUUCUCUCUCAGAUACGCCAUCGACAUAUUGUCAAGCUUUUUGGCUUUUGUUUGCACAAACAAAGCAUGUUUCUUAUCUACGACUACAUGGAACGAGGAAGCCUCUUUCGUGUGUUGAUGGAUGAAGAUGAAGCUGUGGAGCUGAACUGGAAGAAAAGGGUAAAUGUGGUGAAGGACGUUGCAAAUGCACUAUCGUACAUGCAUCACGAUUGCAGCCCUCCUAUUUUGCACAGAGACAUUUCGAGCAGCAACAUACUCUUGGAUUCAGAGUUCGAAGGUUGUUUAUCUGAUUUUGGGACAGCUAGAUUGUUGGAUCCUGAUUCAUCCAAUCAAACUCUACUUGUGGGAACUCGAGGCUAUAUUGCACCGGAGUUGGCCUUCACAAUGGCGGUUACAGAAAAAUGUGAUGUAUACAGCUUCGGAGUUGUGGCAUUGGAAAUCAUGUUUGGAGAUCAUCCGGGAGAUUUCAUUUCCUCUAUCAACACGAUGGUGGCGAGAUCCACACAGUUUGCUGAAAACAUGAUGGUGCAACAACUCUUGGACAAGAGGCUAGCAUCUCCAGAUGACGAUGUAAGAAUGUCGAUGGAAGUGGUUGGAGUGGUCAAAACAGCACUGAAAUGUGUAUGUUGUGAUCCAAAGUCAAGGCCGUCAAUGAAGGAAGUGGCUCAGCAACUUGGUGCGCGCCCACCACAGUUGGCAAUGUCGUUCCGCUCAAUAUCAGUGCUUCAUCUCCUGCAUUCAGAUUGAGCUCACAAUUGCCUAAAA